CUCAGGGAGGAGUCAUGUCUUUUCCAGGAGCAGCGUCUCCAGACCCCCUCAUGCAGGUACCUCACCAUAAUGAACUCGAAGCGCAUCGGCAGGCAGCCCAGUCUGUUGUACUGUCGUCAUUUCCUCGCGGACAACAGCACUUUCCAUGUUGAGCGAUGCAUGGGUGUCAUGCAGUCCGGGACCCAAAUGGUCAAGCUGAAGAACGGUUCCAAAGGGCUCGUGCGACUCUUCUACCUGGACGAGCACCGGUCCUGCAUUCGCUGGCGCCCAUCCCGGAAGAGCGAGAAGGCCAAGAUCACGAUCGACUCGCUGUACAAGGUGAUGGAGGGCUGCCAGUCUGACAUUUUCCACCGGCAUGCUGAGGGAAACUUUGACUCCAGCUGCUGCUUCACCAUUUACCAUGGCAACCACAUGGAAUCCCUAGAUCUGGUGACCUCGAACCCUGAGGAGGCACGCACCUGGGUCACUGGGCUCAGGUACCUCAUGGCAGGAAUCAGCGAUGAGGAUUCACUGGCCAAGAGGCAGCGCACCCACGACCAGUGGAUGAAACAGACAUUUGAGGAGGCGGACAAGAAUGGAGACGGCCUCCUGAACAUUGAAGAGAUCUACCAGCUGCUGCACAAGAUCAAUGUCAACCUGCCCCGGCGGAAGGUCAAGCAGAUGUUCCAGGAAGCAGACACAGAUGACCAGCAGGGCACGCUGACCUACGAGGAGUUCAGUGUCUUCUACAAGAUGAUGUCGCUGCGCAGGGACCUGUACCUGCUGCUCAUGGCCUACAGCGACAGGAAGGACCAUCUGACCGCUGAGGACCUCGGAAACUUCCUGCGCACGGAGCAGAAGAUGACCAGUGUGACCACAGAGUACUGCCUGGACAUCGUCGAAAAGUUUGAGGUGUCUGAAGAGAAUAAGCAGAAGGGUGUCCUGGGCAUCGAAGGCUUCACCAGCUUCAUGCGAAGCCCCACCUGCGAUGUGUUCAACCCGCUGCAUCACCAGGUGAACCAGGACAUGGACCAGCCGCUGUGUAACUACUACAUCGCCUCGUCUCACAAUACCUACCUGACGGGGGACCAGCUGCUCUCCAACUCCAAGACGGACAUGUACGCCUGGGUGCUGCAGAACGGCUGCCGCUGUGUGGAAGUGGACUGCUGGGACGGUCCUGAUGGAGAACCCAUGGUCCAGCACGGCUACACCCUCACCUCCAAGAUCACAUUCAAAGCUGUUGUGGAGACCAUCAACAAGUACGCUUUCAUCAACAACGAGUACCCCGUGGUCCUGUCCAUAGAGAACCACUGCACCAUCCAGCAGCAGAAGAAGAUGGCCAGAUACCUGCAGGAAAUCUUUGGGGACAAGCUGGACCUUGGAGGCGCCCUCAACAAGGACUCAAAGCAGCUGCCCAGUCCCAACCUCCUCAAGGGCAAGAUCCUCAUCAAGGGGAAGCGUCUGCCCUCGUACUUGUCCGCCGACGCAGAUGAGGGCGAAGUGUCGGAUGAUGACAGUGCUGAUGAGAUUGAGGAUGGCUUCAAGCUGAAGAACAGCAGUAGCAACGGGCACAACCAGCACCAGGUGGAGUCUGUCAUCAGGAAAAAGUUGGACUCGCUGCUGAAGGAGUCCCGGAUCGGGGACAAGGAGGACACCGACAGCUUCUCCAUCCGCGCCCUCCUUCAAGCCACCCACAAGGGCCUGCAGGGCAGCCUGAAGCAGAACUCCAGUCUCAAAGACAGUGGGAGAAAAGCUCCGAGCCGCUCUUUCAUCAGCAACCUAAAGCAGAAGCGCCACUCCAAAUCCAGGUUCCGGUGUCAGAGUAUGGAGAUGGAUGAAGACGGACAGCAGGAGAUGGGACAUUUCAACAGGGUGGGACGAAGAAGGAAGACCAUCAAGCUGAGCAGAGACCUCUCAGACCUCGUGGUGUUCACCAACUCCAUUGCUGCCCAGGACAGCCUGGAAGAAAGCACGCCCCUGGACGUCCUGUCCUUCAGCGAGACCCGCGCUCAGCACUUGGUCCACCACCAGGCUGAACGUUUUGUUUCCUUCAACCAGCGGCAGCUGUCACGCAUUUACCCUUCGGCGUACCGCAUCGACUCGAGCAACUUCAACCCACAGACCUACUGGAAUGUGGGCUGCCAGCUGGUGGCUCUCAACUACCAGACCGAAGGGCGCAUGAUGCAGCUGAAUCGCGCCAAGUUCCUCGUCAACGGCAACAGCGGCUACGUCCUGAAGCCGCCUCCCAUGUGUAAAGGGUCCUUCAGCCCCUUCUCCGAUGACCCUCUCCCUGCGUGUCCGAAGAAGCAGCUUUUGCUGAAGAUCAUCAGUGGACAGCAACUGCCCAAACCGCCGGACUCCAUGCUGGGAGACCGUGGAGAGAUCAUCGACCCGUUUGUCGAGGUGGAAAUCAUCGGUCUUCCAGUGGACUGCUGCAAAGAACAGACGCGGGUGGUGGAUGACAACGGGUUUAACCCUGUGUGGGAGGAGACGCUCUCGUUUACGCUGCACAUGCCUGAGCUGGCGCUGGUUCGCUUCCUCGUCUGGGACCACGAUCCUAUCGGGAGAGACUUCGUGGGCCAGAGGACAGUGGCCUUCAGCAGCCUUAUGCCAGGUUACCGACACGUUUACCUGGAAGGUCUGACCGAAGCCUCCGUCUUCGUCCACGUCACAGUUCAUGACAUGUUUGGGAAGUGGAGUCCUCUAGUCCUCAAUCCCAGCUAUACCAUAUUGCACUUUCUAGGAGCUCACAAGGGCCGUCAGCUGCGGGGCAUUAAAGGCCUCUUCAGCAGAGGUUCCAGGAGCUGUGCGGACGCCCCCCCAGGACCCCCACUGCGCAAACGCUCCAUCAGCCAGCAGCUGCUGCGCCGCACUGCCAGCGCUCCCGCCAAGGGGCGCAAGAAGGCCAAGCCGCUGCCACCACCUGAUGGGGAGGGCGUGAUGGCCCCCCCGCCCGCCCGGCCGCCCCGAGCCCCCCUGCGACACCGUCCCAUCUCCAUGCCUCUGGAAAAGCAGCUCCAGGGGUCACUGGUGUUGUCCCCUUCUGAGCAGGAUGGACCCGUGCCAAUUUCAGAGGCCCCACCUGAAACGGCUUUCUGUGAGAGGCCCCGGUCCUCCUCUGUUGACCUCCUCAUUGAGAUCUCCGCUUCACCAAAGUCCCGAGACUUGCCACCUCCCUCAGCCCUGGCUCUGUCCCUGACUCCUCCGCCCACUGAGGAUCCAUGUGGCUCCCACCUCGGCCUUGAAGGCAUGUUAGACAGGGGCCAGCUGGACUACUUCAGCAGCAUGGGCCACACUGCUCCUCAGUAUAGAACCAUGCAACACCACCCUGGCACUUUGGCGUUGCCAGGUGGCUCCGCAGAGUGGACCACAUUUUCUGAGGGGGAACGACAAGUGCUGAACCCUGACGCUAGUGCCAGUCUGCAGCAGAGUGUGGCCAGGUCUGCGAGGCUGAGCGAGGUCUCCCUGCAGGACAGUGCUCUUUCCCAGCUCAUCGAUGCUGUCUCUCUGGGCAAUGGCGAGGACACCUAUGGGUCCAUCUCUGCACUGAUUGGCCAGAUUGAUGUCACUGGAGAACAGAACAGCCUGACUGUGGUGUCCAACACUCCAGGAGUAAAUGGUCAUAACUUCACCUUGACCCUCGAUGGGGUCUCACCCCCUGACACCCAUGAUGCCUUUGACACACCGCUGUUCUCCAGCCCGGAGACCACCGAUCCAGCCAUCUACACCAUCCUUGAUGAGGUGGUGCUGUCCCCGGUCUCUGUGUACAACCUCAAUGAGCAGACCGUCCAGAACUUGGCCUUGGAGCCCAAGGAAAACACCUCUGUGGGCAGCCUAGACCCCUCCCCCACUAAGCCUCCACGCUCCCAAGGCUCUGUGCCUGGAGACAGUUGGACAUCCCGCUGUCUUGAAACCCAAUACAGCUGGGAUCCAGCACGAGGUCCAUGGAAGGGAUUUGGGUUUGAGAAAGGCUGGGACUCGUUCUACAGUCCCUCGCCGAUGGAGCAAGCGAAGGUGCCCUGGAGGUCAACCAGUGGCUGCACCAACAGCACCGCCUCUGACCGCUUCGUCCUGUGCCAGGACUCAGCCAACAGCAGCCUGAUGGAGGUGGAAAUAAAUGUGGAUGGAGACCCACAAGAUGUCACACUGACCUCUCCUGGUUGGCGUCCUUGGUGGGCAGACCUGAACACCUCCCAAGGUUACCACAUGGUGAAUGGUGCCCCCAUGAGACCAUGCAGUGACUCCAUCACCUGUGCCAGGACUGAGCAGCAUCGUUCCGCUAAUAGUCUCCAUAAACAUGGCGAUUGUUCCCGUAAUGGAGGCUGGGUCAGCAAAGGGUUCCAGCUUCCUGAGAGGACACAUAAGUGCCACAGCACACAGUCCAGCAGUCCACCGUAUGAUUGGCCACGUUUCCAUACGUCGGAGCACGCUACGGUGAGUCCUGACCUCACGGCCCACCUGCCAGGCCCCACCUACAGCCCCGCCCCCAGCCCCUGCAUGUCCAAAAGCCUGGGUGACCUCACAUCCGAGGACAUCUCCUGCAACUUCCAGAGCAAAUACAAGUUCAUUAGUCGAAGCUUCAAGGCAGAGGGGACGGGGGGCAGGAAGCAGCCGGGCAGUCUGGCGGAAAGGUUGCCGUCAGCUGACCCUCUGACCGAGCAGCUGCGACGGUUAGUAUCCUUUGAUCAGGAUGAGUGCUCCUCGCCUCACCCCUCCCCUCUGCCAGAGCACCCACGCGUGCUUUCCCGCAAGCUGUCGUCCCGCAGCCAGAGUCGCGUGCGCCACAUCGCCAGCCGUGCCCGUGAGAGACAACAGGAGGUGGGCCAACCGCGGUUCGUCGGGACUCCGUGUGGUACCCGGGGAGUGGUGCUCCGCACCAAGGCCACUGCUCACCAUCACCCUGCCAACAGGCACUCCACGGGCUCUUACAUCAUCAGGUACCUGGAGCAGCGGGAGGACCGCGGUCUGCCUGAGGGCUCCUGCACGACACCGCUCCUUGCUAAGGGGGAUCGCUGCUGGGCUGGCGAAACAGCGCCCCCCGCUGACUGCUGCCAGCCCUCAGAACCUGAGGUCUACUUCCUGCUGAGACUCUAAAUUUACUCCCUGUUUUCACAGUUUGUCGUUUCGAGCAAAAAAUAUCAAGCUGGAGGAUAAAGAAGGGAAGUGACAUGUCACACAUUUUCAUGCAUCCCUCAAAAAAAUCCCAACCUCACGACAUGCAGACAAAUUCCUUCAUUUUAAUAAUUUUUGAAGUCUUCCUUCCUUUUUGUUCCGUGUGUUAGCAUUUGCUGUAUUUACAAUGUCUUUGUUAUAGAUUAAAUUAUGUAAAAAAAAAAAAAAAACCUGUCAGCCAAUGUUUAGCCGUCUGCAUGUGAACGUGGACCGGUCCAGCAUGACUAUGCACAGGGCUUCGGCCAUCCGAGUGGCACGUUUACACAAAACUCAGCUCCUCUGCAUUGGGGGCUUCACACACUGUUGAGAUGAUUGUUCUCUGUUCCCAGACUUGGACCAACAUGAUAAAAACCUGUUGUUUAAAAUGCUUUUUUUUUCACAAGUCUGUGUUUGAAAGGGGGGGGCAGGGGGCUAUGCUUUUUGUUGGAAGACACAGCAUGGUUAAGGCACCUGUGGUGUGAACCCUGGGCACGUACCCCUCAGAGGUCCCUCUUGACUUUUUGUACUGGUGCAGUGUAAUUUUGGACUGGCGGGAGAAUGAAAUAAAAGACCCAAAGUGUCAUGCUGCUCAUUGUCUGUCUUUCCAAGGUUCACACUGUGGGGGACCAAAGCAGGACCACGUGACCACUGCCAUCAUCACUCCUCACUGCUGCCUUUGUACCCGUUCACCUGUGCCCCUGUACCUGCAUUGCUU